AUGGCACGCCGUGGGGAGUGCCACCUCGCCCCACCUGCCUCCUUUGGCCCUGCGCCGAGCAGAGCCCAGAAGCAGGAUGACCGUCGCUGGUCCGAGUGGCAAGAAGCGAGUUCUCGCGUGUACGAGGAUGCGCAAGCUGCCGUGAGGCUGACAGGGACCAUGUACAAAGACAACAAACAGUUCGGCUUCCUCAUGCAGGACAAGACUCGUGAAGAGAUCUUUGUCCUGCCGCUGUCCUGCCCUUAUGGUGUGCUGCCCGAACCUGGGACAAGGGUCGAGUUCACCCUUUGCACCGACAAGAAAACUGGCAAGCCGCGUGCAGAAGACGUCGUGCUGGAGGGCCACGGUCCACAGUCAAAGUCGGCGCGGUGGCAACCGAAAGAUGAACAACCGCACUGGCGAAGCCAGGACUUCUCAGACUUUUCUGUUACCGGGGAGAUUACCAAGAGGACCCAGAAAUACGGCUUCAUCAUGUCAGAAGAGUGUGACGAUCGGAUUCUCGUCAUACCGUCAAACUGCCCGGGUUUUGGUGGCGAGCUGCCUCCACUGGGUGCCGUCGUCACAUGCACUGUCACAAAGCAGCGCGCCAGUGGCUCGAACACAGAUGCCUACUUUGCUUUGGAUGUGCACCCUGCCAAGCCUGACGGGGCGGACGAUCGAUACACUGGAGUCAUCGAAGGGGACCACGGCAACUAUGGCUUCAUCCGCUGUGACCAGCAUCCUGACCACAAUCAUGACAAGAUGUUUGUCCUGCCCUGGUCGUGCGAAGGAGGAGAGAUGUUCGAGAUCGGUACCGCGGUGUCUUUCCGCAUCGUCGAAGACCGCAAGACCGGCCGCCCUCGCGCAGAGGAUGUGGUCACAUUUUCUGGCUCGGUUCCUUCGGCUUCAGCAGCUCAUGGGUCUCGAGUACCCCGCGAGCCGAGCCAUCCUCCAAAAGCACGUCGUGAGCCGCAAGGCCAGCCUGCGCUAGGACCAGGACCGGCAGGAUCCAUUACGCGGGAGCUUCGCAGAGGGCAGUUUGCGCGCGACAACGGGACCUUCGGAUUCAUCCAGCCAGAUGGCAAUGGCGGGGAUGUUUUCGUUCUUCCCUCCCAGUUCGACGGUGGCGUUUUCCCUCCCCUGGGCACGCGGCUGGCCUUCAAGGUGGCCCCGGACGCCGGGCGGCAGCAGGGCGAGCGGCCAAAGUGCACGGAUGUCCGCAUCCUGCAGGCCACGACACAGGUGGUCAGCCCUCCGAAGCCCAGCUCAUCUCCCGCGACUCCCUGGCAGCGAGCCAGGAAGUGGGAAGCUCCAGAAGCUCAGCCCCCGACUCCGUCGAAUUCCAAGAGGGAGGCCUGCGCCUUGAUGUGGCGGCAAUUCUGCGAUGCCGAGGGCGAAGGGGUUUAUGAUCCCGAAGAGCAUGGCGCCCCAUUCUUAAGGCGAUUUGUGAAGACGCUUCUUCAUCCCGAGAACGGGCAGCAGCCACCUUCGAAGUACCGCAGGACGACUUAG